AUGUCCGGCGCCGACAAACAGAUAGAAGCCCAUUUUGCACCAGAUCAGCAACGGUAUAUUGCACAGGCUGCUCGGCGGGCUCAAGCAGCAUGCACUAGCUGUCGCGCCCGUAAGAUAAGGUGUAUAGCCCCUAAUGGCCAGCCAUGUGCCAAUUGUGUCUUUGAGAACAUUCAGUGUCUCCUACUGCCAAAGAAACGCCGAACGAAAAAGGUAAAGUCCACCGCUUCCGCAAGCGAGUCUUCUCAAUCGAUUCCACCCAGAGCAUAUGUCGAUCCCGACCAACCUCGACAACAACCAGGGGACGCCUGGUCAAACACUCCCACAAAUUCGGAGCAAGCGGUUCAAGAGACGCCUCCGUCCCAUACAGAUGAUGGUAUCAAUUGGGAGGAAGCGGCCCUCAGAACCCUCCCGCCCCCGCUGCUGCCAGACGCUUCUCAGUCUCCCGCCGCAUCAGUCGAGAUUACACAGCCGAGUGUGUCGUUCUCCAUACCAGAUUUUCUCUCUCCACCUCCUGCGCAGUUGUCAAAAGAGGAUCUGAAUUAUCUUCACCAGAAGCGGACGCUUUCCAUCCCUGAGCCUGAACUUCGAAGUGCCUUGAUCAGAAGCUACAUACUUCAUGUCCAUCCCUUUUACCCGAUUGUCGAUCUGGAAGCCUUGCACGAUCUCUUGCACGGGGCUUCGCACCAAAACCCGUUCAGUCUCUUGGUCUUCCAGGCCAUAAUGUUCGCAGGGUCUUCUUUUGUGGAAAUCAGGAUGUUAAGGGAGGUGGGAUUCUUGACUCGAAAGGCUGCUCGGAAUGCAUUUUUCCUAAAAGCAAGGCUACUAUACGACAUGGAUUAUGAGCAGGACUGCCACUCCCAAAUUCAGGCACUCAUUCUGAUGUCCACCUGGUGGAAAACACCAAAGGAACAAAAGGAUGGCUGGCAUUGGUUUGGUAUCGCACUAUUGCUUGCGCGAAGUAUUGGUCUACAUCGCGAUAUCAAUGCCCAGAACUUGAGCGCUAAGUCUCGAGCAUUGCGCCGGCGCUUAUGGUGGAGCUUCAUCAUCAGGGAUACACUCGCAUCGAUUUCCACGAACCACAUUCCGCUUAUUCGAGAUUCGGAGUUUAGCGUGGCUUCUUUGACCAUGGAUGACUUUGCCCACGACGCAUCUCCAAGGAUCAUCUCCACGUUCAAUGGUAUUCCAAACUUUGAGGUUCGGAAAUUUGCAGAGAUCGGCAUCCAAACCGUCCACAUCUGCCGACUCAUCAAGCAAGUAUUGCUCACUGCUUUCCAUGAGACCACAACAGGCAAUAUCGAUAUUUUGUACCUGAAUAAAUCUUCGAAGUACGAAUCCUUGCGAUCUAAAUCGCAGGAUCUGCACGAUAUUGAGAGAUCAUUCGAAAAAUCGCUAGUAGAUGUGUAUUCUCCUCUCAAAUUUCAGACAAUUAGCUCUGAGGCUGAGCAGGCCCUACAACUCCACAAGGCAUUGCUAUCUAUCCUCUGUCAUUAUGGAACACUCUUGAUACAUCGUCCAAAGCACGCCAACGAGCGGAAGAACAAUCUGCGAGAUCAUGUAACAUCUCGUACCAGGGUGCGUAGUGCGGCCAUCCAUGUGAACCAGAUUCUCAUGGAGAUUUACACCGCCGACCUUACGAAGCGUAUGCCUUCAACAAUAGUAAGCUGUCUUAUGCCGGUUGGUAUCAGUCACAUUCAGGACAUGAAAGACAAAACCCCAGCGGUUCACCGCGAAGGUCGUCGACGUUUGGAAGAGUGCAAGCAGAUCUUGAUGGAGCUCUCAGACGGCCACAUAUCUGCGGAGUGGACGCUGAGCUUUCUAACAUAUGUGGAACGUAAGGUGAAUGAUCCUCUACGAGCUUCGACUGAGGCAGCAGCUGUGACGGGCGAACAUAGCUCCAGUUUUCCUCGGAGAACGGAUGAAUUCGAAGGUGGUGUGCAUCGGGAGUUCAAUCAGCACUCCCCUCAGGUAGGGCGCGAGAGCUAUGAGACCAACAACUCGACAUCUGUUCCAGUUGCGGACUUCGCGUCCAUGAGGCCUUUGGAUUCAAUUUUUCCAAUCGCUGACGAGGUCGCCCACCCUCUGGAUCUCAUGUUACUCGAACCAAACUUCUUUAAUGAUUUUCAGAAUGACCUGCACUCAGGAGAAUACCUUGCGCCUAGUAUGUCGAUGUAUGAAAAUGCAGAAUAUCAAGUGCAAAUUUGA